GGUACGUGGCUUCACGGCUGAGGAGUGUUUUUACCUUUUAACCGGGAUGUUUCCGUGAAAAUCCUGCACUAACAGCUGAAUGUUGUGUUUCCGGUUCUGUCUUCCUCGGUGCUUUGAUGAAGAGCAGCGGCUGCUGUCCGGAAGUCUCUGUCUGCUGUCCGGAAGUCUUUAUCGGUGUUUACAGCAGCGGGACUGACGUUAGCUUCAGGCUAACAGAGCAGGAUCCUCAGCCUCCCCCUUAGAUCCCCCAGGAGUCCCCACCGUAGACCUGAUCCGGAUCCUUUGACAUGGCCCAGAUCGGCUCGUCAGUUGAAUUUCCGGGCUCUCUGCCAAGCUCGACCCUCCCUCCUCCGAGGACCCGAAUCUUCAAAAUCAUCGUGAUCGGGGACUCGGGGGUUGGCAAGACCUGCCUCACAUACCGGUUCUGCGCCGGUAAGUUCCCCGAGAAGACCGAGGCCACGAUCGGGGUGGACUUCCGGGAGAGGCUGGUGGAGAUCGACGGGGAGAAGAUCAAGAUCCAGCUGUGGGACACUGCAGGACAGGAGCGUUUCAGGAAGUCCAUGGUGCAGCACUACUACCGUAACGUCCACGCUGUGGUCUUCGUCUACGACCUCACCAACGCCGCCAGUUUCCGCAGCCUCCCGGCCUGGAUCGAGGAGUGUAAGCAGCACGCUCUGGGCACCGAGGUACCCCGGAUCCUCGUCGGAAACAAGUGUGACCUCCAGGACUCCAUCCAGGUGGGCACGGACGUGGCCCAGCAGUUUGCCGACACUCACUCCAUGCCUCUAUUCGAGACGUCUGCUAAGAACCCCAACAGUCAGGGAGACGGCGGCGGAGCCAACAACGACCACGUUGAGGCGAUUUUUAUGACUGUGGCUCACAAGCUGAAGUCCCAGAAGCCUCUGGUACUGAGCCAGCCCCCCGGGGGGUCCGGGGUGACGGUUAACCUCAACAGAGGGAGGGAUGAAGGGGGGGACGGGGCCAGAGGCUGGGGCUGCAGCAGCUGCUGAUGGAACGGAUGGAGACCAGACUGAGGGACCGAUAGAGACGGGACGGUUGUAGAACAUCUGCACUAAAUAAACACGAACGUUUCCCUAACAAACAAGGUCACUGUUUCAUUGGUUCUAACAGCAGGAGAAUGUUAGGACACACCUCCCACCACUCUGUCAGCUAAAGUCUGGUAAAUAUCCUAAACACUACCGCCCUCUUUAUGACUCUGGGAUGGCGGCGCGUCGAAUAAUUUCACUGUCAUAAUCACAGAUAUUUACUCCUACCUGAGCAGCUCUGAGUCUGUGUGAGCCACAAACAGGAAGUAGGAAGAGGACGGCAGACUCUCUGAUUGGUCUCUAUGAACAGAUUUAGGCGGGCCUGAUGGCCGCUCAUGGUGCAUGCUGGUUGGGCGAUCUGUGCCUCACUUUAUAAACUGUCUGGGAUGCUAAAAGAGGAACGGUGUUUAGGGAGUCAGAGGUCUGACGUGGAUCAUAGAAAUCCUCUCAGAUAAGGGGACUACAUUCAGAGGCUUCAGGUCCUGGACCGUCAGGCUCACUAUUGAAGCUGGUUUUACACAGAGGAGGGUUUCUACUGAGGUUUAGACUGAACUGGCCCUCAUCACAGGAAACUUCCCUGGGGGGUCAGAGGUCAAAGGAGGCAGGAGUUGAUUUAGGAGGCACAUGUGGAGAUGCUGGACCUUCUACUCUGAAUGUUGGCUCUGCCAACAUUCAGAGUAUAAGGGAACAGACUGGAGAGACGCUUCAUCACAUCAGACAUGAACAGGCCGCAGGAUAAAACAUCAGCCUCCUCCCACACUGAGCAGGUCCUCAGGAUUUCCUCAAGCUUCCCUGAAGAUUUCCUGAAGGUUUCCUGAAGCUUUCCUGAAGGUUUCCUGAAGCUUUCCUGAAGGUUUCCUCAAGCUUUCCUGAAGGUUUCCUCAAGCUUUCCUGAAGAUUUCCUGAAGGUUUCCUCAAGCUUUCCUGAAGGUUUCCUCAAGCUUUCCUAAAGGUUUCCUGAAGGUUUCCUCAAGCUUUCCUCAAGCUUUCCUAAAGGUUUCCUGAAGGUUUCCUCAAGCUUUCCUCAAGCUUUCCUAAAGGUUUCCUGAAGGUUUCCUCAAGCUUUCCUGAAGGUUUCCUGAAGGUUUCCUCAAGCUUUCCUGAAGGUUUCCUCAAGCUUUCCUAAAGGUUUCCUGAAGGUUUCCUAAAGCUUUCCUGAAGGUUUCCUCAAGCUUUCCUGAAGGUUUCCUGAAGGUUUCCUAAAGCUUUCCUGAAGGUUUCCUCAAGCUUUCCUGAAGCUAUCCUGAAGGUUUCCUCAAGCUUUCCUGAAGCUAUCCUGAAGGUUUCCUGAAGGUUUCCUCAAGCUUUCCUGAAGCUUUCCUGAAGGUUUCCUCAAGCUUUCCUGAAGGUUUCCUGAAGGUUUCCUAAAGCUUUCCUAAAGCUUUCCUGAAGGUUUCCUCAAGCUUUCCUGAAGGUUUCCUGAAGGUUUCCUCAAGCUUUCCUAAAGCUUUCCUGAAGGUUUCCUCAAGCUUUCCUGAAGGUUUCCUCAAGCUUUCCUAAAGGUUUCCUGAAGGUUUCCUAAAGCUUUCCUGAAGGUUUCCUAAAGCUUUCCUGAAGGUUUCCUGAAGGUUUCCUCAAGCUUUCCUGAAGGUUUCCUCAAGCUUUCCUGAAGCUUUCCUGAAGGUUUCCUAAAGCUUUCCUAAAGCUUUCCUGAAGGUUUCCUCAAGCUUUCCUGGAGGUUUCCUGAAGGUUUCCUAAAGCUUUCCUAAAGCUUUCCUAAAGGUUUCCUGAAGGUUUCCUCAAGCUUUCCUGAAGGUUUCCUGAAGGUUUCCUAAAGCUUUCCUAAAGAUUUCCUGAAGGUUUCCUCAAGCUUUCCUGAAGGUUUCCUGAAGGUUUCCUCAAGCUUUCCUAAAGCUUUCCUGAAGGUUUCCUCAAGCUUUCCUGAAGGUUUCCUCAAGCUUUCCUGAAGGUUUCCUAAAGCUUUCCUGAAGGUUUCCUCAAGCUUUCCUGAAGGUUUCCUGAAGGUUUCCUCAAGCUUUCCUGAAGUUUUCCUCAAGCUUUCCUGAAGGUUUCCUCAAGCUUUCCUGAAGGUUUUCUCAAGCUUUCCUGAAGGUUUCCUGAAGGUUUCCUCAAGCUUUCCUGAAGCUUUCCUGAAGGUUUCCUCAAGCUUUCCUGAAGGUUUCCUCAAGCUUUCCUGAAGCUUUCCUGAAGGUUUCCUCAAGCUUUCCUGAAGCUAUCCUGAAGGUUUCCUCAAGCUUUCCUGAAGGUUUCCUCAAGCUUUCCUGAAGGUUUCCUCAAGCUUUCCUGAAGGUUUCCUCAAGCUUUCCUGAAGCUAUCCUGAAGGUUUCCUGAAGGUUUCCUCAAGCUUUCCUGAAGGUUUCCUCAAGCUUUCCUGAAGCUAUCCUGAAGGUUUCCUCAAGCUUUCCUCAAGCUUUCCUGAAGGUUUCCUCAAGCUUUCCUGAAGGUUUCCUCAAGCUUUCCUGAAGGUUUCCUCAAGCUUUCCUGAAGGUUUCCUCAAGCUUUCCUGAAGCUUUCCUGAAGGUUUCCUCAAGCUUUCCUGAAGGUUUCCUCAAGCUUUCCUGAAGCUUUCCUGAAGGUUUCCUGAAGGUUUCCUCAAGCUUUCCUGAAGGUGUCCUCAAGCUUUCCUGAAGGUUACCUCAAGCUUUCCUGAAGCUAUCCUGAAGCUUUCCUGAAGGUUUCCUCAAGCUUUCCUGAAGGUUUCCUCAAGCUUUCCUGAAGGUUUCCUCAAGCUUUCCUGUAGCUAUCCUGAAGGUUUCCUGAAGGUUUCCUCAAGCUUUCCUGAAGGUUCCCUCAAGCUUUCCCGAAUAUUUCCUGAAGGUUUCCUGACAUGUUCCUGAAGCUUUCCUGCUGUGUUCACUCUGACAUGUUCCUGUCAGGUAAAAAGUCCUGCUCCAGUCCGGACAGAGGAAAAUUCCAUUGGCGUUCACUCAGAAAUGUUUUGUUUUGAACUGUUUAUCAUCCUGAAGCUGGAAAGACGAAGAACAGACGGAUGGAUAUCAGGAAGGGAAAAUACAUUUUUUGAUCACAACAUUUUAUACAGUUGUAUUUGAUUGUGUUCAGGCUGUUGAGCGAUUUCCCUGGGGUCAUUAGAGGUCAUCUGAUGAUGGACCUUCUGGAUAACAGAGACGGUUUUUAGAUGAUAAGGAAAUGUCUGGGAGAGUUAUGAAGUGUCCAUGCUGUCUUUGGGAAAAAUGGAGUAAAAUCAAAUGUUCAGUAAUGAUGUGUUUUUUCUUUUGUCCCAUUUAUGGUCCAAACUCUCACAUUUUCAU